AUGGCGGCGAGUCAGGGAGGCGGUGGGAACAGUGGGGGCGGCGGCUGCGGUGGAGGUGGAAGUGGCGGUGGUGGUGGCGCGGCUGGAGGAGGAGGUGGUGGUGGUGGAGGAGGAGGUGGCGGGGCCGGGGCGGGAGGAGGUGGCGGCUGUGGCGGGACCGUGGCGGUGCCCAUCCCGGUACCGACUCUUUUCGGUCAGCCGUUCCCCAAUGGGCCGCAGUGGCACCCGGGGAGCUUGCAGCCUCAGCACACAGUGAGGAGCCUGGACCGGGCCCUGGAGGAGGCGGGGAACUCUGGCAUCUUGAGCCUCAGUGGCAGGAAACUCAGAGAGUUCCCGGGCAGCGGUUACGACCUGACGGACACCACCCAAGCAGAUCUUUCCAGAAAUCGUUUUACAGAAAUUCCUUCAGAUGUGUGGCUAUUCGCACCACUUGAAACAUUAAACCUAUAUCAUAAUUGCAUCAAAACCAUUCCUGAAGCCAUUAAGAAUUUGCAGAUGUUAACAUACCUUAACAUCAGCCGAAAUCUUCUAUCAACAUUGCCAAAAUACCUAUUUGACCUUCCCCUUAAAGUUUUGGUUGUCAGCAAUAAUAAACUCGUGUCCAUUCCAGAAGAAAUUGGAAAAUUAAAAGAUUUGAUGGAGUUGGAUGUUAGCUGCAAUGAGAUUCAGGUCCUUCCUCAACAAAUGGGAAAAUUACAUUCACUUAAAGAGCUAAAUAUAAGAAGAAAUAAUCUUCAUGUUUUGCCAGAUGAAUUAGGAGAUCUCCCCUUAGUCAAGUUGGACUUCUCCUGCAAUAAAGUGACUGAAAUUCCUGUUUGCUAUAGGAAACUCCAUCAUUUACAAGUAAUAAUUUUGGAUAACAAUCCAUUGCAAGUACCACCAGCACAGAUAUGCUUAAAGGGUAAAGUACACAUAUUUAAGUACUUAAAUAUACAAGCUUGUUGUAGAAUGGAUAAGAAACCAGACUCCCUGGAUCUCCCAUCAUUGAAUAAAAGAAUGCCUUCUCAGCCUCUUACAGACAGCAUGGAAGAUUUUUAUCCAAACAAAAAUCAUGGCCCCGACUCUGGAAUCGGAAGUGACAAUGGAGAGAAGCGAUUGUCUACAACAGAACCAUCAGACGAUGACACAAUCAGCCUUCACUCUCAAGUCUCUGAAUCGAAUAGAGAGCAAACAUCCAGAAAUGACAGUCAUAUAACGGGAAGCAAGCCUGAUUCUCAGAAAGACCAGGAGGUGUAUGAUUUUAUUGAUCCCAACACGGAAGACGUAGGAGUUCCUGAACAAGGGGAUACACAUAUCGGAUCAUUUGUUUCUUUCCUUAAGGGGAAAGAAAAGUGCUCUGAAAAAUCUCAGAAAAAUGAAGAACCGGCAAAUGAAAAAAAACUUGACAAAGAAGAAGAAGAUGACGAUUUGAAAGAAGUAACUGAUUUGAGGAAGAUAGCUGCUCAGUUACUGAAGCAAGAACAGAAGAACAGAUGGAGGCCUUUAAGUUAUAGAACAUCAUUCAGUGACAAACUCUUCCAGAGGACCAGAGCAGCAGGACGGAAAUCAAGGAUUCUUAAUCACUCAACUUCUGUCAUGAGAAAUAAGCUGAAACAAACUGUGGAAUGUGAAAAGAGUGUCCCAGCAGAUGAAGGGAAUUCACCAUUAUCACCUCUUGCAUGGCAGCCAUUAGAAAAUCAGAAGGAUCAAAUAGUUGAUCAACAGUGGCCAGAAUCUCAGCCUAUAAUCUGGCAAAAUGAAGAGAGGAGACGGAGCAAGCAGAUCAGAAAAGAAUAUUUCAAGUACAAAUCAGCAAGGAAGAAUUCGAGUGGCAAUGAGAAUGAGGAGGAAUAUGACAGGUCUGAUGGCUUUUCACACGGUCCCUUUGGCUUGAAGCCUAGAUCAGCCUUCAGUCGUGCAUCUCGUCAAGAGUAUGGGGCAGCAGAUCCAGGAUUUACAAUGAGAAGAAAGAUGGAGCAUUUACGGGAAGAGCGUGAACAGAUAAGGCAGCUUCGCAAUAAUCUUGAAUCCAGAUUAAAAGUCAUUUUGCCUGAUGACAUAGGAGCCGCACUGAUGGAUGGAGUUGUUCUUUGCCAUUUGGCCAAUCACAUAAGGCCACGCUCUGUAGCUAGCAUUCAUGUACCGUCACCAGCAGUGCCCAAGCUGAGCAUGGCAAAAUGUCGAAGAAAUGUAGAAAAUUUUCUUGAUGCUUGCAAAAAGUUGGGUGUAUCACAGGAGAGACUGUGCUUGCCUCACCAUAUUUUGGAAGAGCGAGGUCUCGUCAAAGUCGGCGUCACAGUUCAGGCUCUCCUUGAACUACCUACUACAAAGGCAUCUCAGCUUUCUAUGGCUUGAUGUGACAUUACAAACAUUGCAUAUGUAUAAUUUCAUGUAUUUGAAAUGAUUUUAGAUAUCUCAAAACCAUGAAGAAGAAUGUCCAGUAAAAACAGUUUGCCUUAGGAUUCUUUUUUAAAAUUCCAAUAAGAUAUCAGAGUGGUCCAAGCAAUUUUUGGAGGGAUAUUGGAUUAAUUUAAUGAGAGUUUUUGAUAAAUUAAAAUUCUCCUUUUAUUUUGUGACUCAGUAACCUUGAAGAAUUUUCAAAAUGCAAAUUGAUACAAAAUUGAACAUAUACUUUCAAUUUAGCAAUCACAUUAAGUUGAAUAUUUUUUACAUCACUGUAUACUAGUGAACAUCUAGGUAAAGUAAUCAUAUUUUAGGAAAACAAUUCUAUAUUUGAGUUAUUUCAUAUACUUCUAGCUUAUAAACAAUCUCUUCAAUAUUUUGUCUUUGUUUCUUAGCAAAAACGAGUAGAAAAAUCAAAACCCUGGCAUUAUUCAAUUCUUUAGUAUUAUCAGUUGGUGCCAAAAUAUUUUCAGUUAUACUGUAGGUUGUUUACAUGUGAAGUGCCUGUGUAAUUGAUGAAUCUUAAAUAGUCUUAAGCAUUUUUGCGAUUUCUUUUUAUGUAUUAAUAGAAUCAAUGGAAUUUUUAAAUAUUUUGGUAGGUUUUUUAUGGUCAGUAAUAUGUGAGGUUUUAAAUGUCCCUCACAUUUGGUGGUUUCUUAGUUAAUCCAUUGCAGUUUCCCUUGAAUUGGUUAUUUCAUGUUGUCAAAAAUGUUAAUAUGCUUAAUUUAUGCUAUUUAAUUUUGCAAAACCAUAAUCGUCGUUUAGAUCACUUUAUCUGAAGAGUAUUUUAUUUCUGUGUUGAGAACAGUACACAAAGCAGCAAGGCUCUGGAAAGCUAGGGAAUUACUAAUUGUCAAGGACAUUUGGAUGCAACUGCUAUGUUUGGGUUCAUAUCUCAACUUCCUGGAACGUUCAGUAUAUCAGUGCUGCCUUCCACAUUCAGAAAGGGGCCACUAAAGAAACAGGUUUUGAUUCAAAAUCUGGCCCUUUCUGAAGCAUGUAUAAAAUAUGGUCCUCAAGUAACUUGAUGUUGAAUUAAGCACAGUCUGGUUCAUGGAAUAGUUUGUUCAAUUAAGUCCUUGCUUGGUUUGGAGAUGGAUAAACUUAUGGUGAUACUAAUGCAGGAAUUUUUCCAAAACAUUACUGUGACGACUAACUCAGUUUCCUCUAGAAGAGCCUUCAUAUACACUUUUGUAGUAGCAAGCAAGUAUCAUUUCUUAACUGUGUGAUUAUUUGCACUUAUUACCUCUUAAUAUGGAUGCAACUUAGUAAAAACGUUGGUCUAGGAUAUUUCAAAGGGCAUUUAUGAAGUGUAAAAUGUCAUGUGCCAAAUACUAUGGUAGGAUUGGUUUUAGGAAUAAAUCAACUUUUUUUUUUAUCAAUCAUUAUGAAGCCAUACAUUUCAAUCUUGGCUUCAGAAUACAGAUAUGUUUUUACUUCCCCAGAAGUCAAAUUGGAACUAUUAAAGAGUCAAAGCUUUUUAUACUGUAAGUUUUAAGAAUUAAAUUAUUAAUAAUUUAUUAUUUAAAUAUUUGAUCAAAUUAGUUAUGACUAAAUAGUUGGAUCUGAAAAUAUCCCCAAUGACAUUAUGAAUCUCCUUAGUGAAAAUUUGGAUAAUAUAGGUAAUUUAGUAAGUACCUUAGUUGGUGAAUUUUUAACCUUGACAGUUGACAGCAUUACAAAUUUAAAAACUUUUAACAACCAAAAUAAUCAUUCAUACUUCUCUCCUGGUUAUUGUGCUAUAGAGUUGCUCUUAUUACUUAAUCUUGUAUUAUUUUCCAAGUAGUUUUGUGCUUUGUUAUUAUUGAAAUAGUUGUGAUUUUUUAGACAAUUAUUUUACAACAUUUCACUUUUCAGUUAAAUAUUACCUUAAAGAGAAAACACACCAGAACUUUGGUGCUCCUUCUUUAUAGCAAAUACAAAUUGUUUUCAAAAUGGGUCCCCUUGAGGUCCUUGACACAGCAGUUAACUAUUAUUGUGCCAAAAGGCAGUAACAACAUCACUUCUAAGGCAGUUUUUCAGCAUAGUCCCCAAUGACAAACAUAUACCAAAACCCUAACAUAUUUCUGUUAGUAGUUUUUAAGUGUAAAUUUUAUGCUGAAUGUUUUUAUGACAUAUAUUUACUUCAUCAAUUAUUGUUUUAAGAAUCAUUAUCAUUAUUUGGAUGGUUUUGUGAUUUGAGGAGGAUUGAAUAAAGAAUAUUUUAUUGGGCCCAAAAAUUCAUUAGAUAGCUACUUCUGUUAAACUUUAUGACCAUAUGGCACAAGAAAGAAGGGAUAUUGGAUAUGAUUGAAUUGAAAUGAGUAAAAAUGCAUAACCAUUUGUUUAAUACUUAUCUUUAUAGAAUGCUAGAUUAAUGACUUUUCUAACUGAAUUUUUUGGAGAAUUCAGAAAUGUUUGUAUUAGUCACAGAUUUAUCAUAAUUGAUUUUCUGAUGCAUUUAAAAAUAAAUGGAACACUAAAUGUAUAUUACCGAUGCAAACUGUGGAUAAAGUUGAAUGAAAAAAAA